AUGGGACAAGGGCGCGACUGUGCGUGUGACACACGCGUGUGCAAUUGUUCGUGCGAGGCUGAAGGUGUGCGGCGGUGGGACAUGGGGCGUGCAGGACGCCGUGUCCGUGUCUCAGCCAUGUCCCCGCCGCUGCUGCUGGUGGCCUGCGCUGCUCUGGCGCUGCUGCCGCUGCGGCCCCGCGCGGCCCCGGCCCAGCCCGCGUACCCCGGGGACGACGCGCCCGUGGAGGAGCUGCUGCGCUUCUACAACGACCUGCAGCAGUACCUGAACGUCGUCACCCGCCCUCGGUACGGGAAGCGGGCGGGAGGGCGAGCGCGGGGCGAGGAGCCCCUCGGCGCCCCAGGGUGCUGA